UGAUAUGAACCGUGAGAUGGAGAGGAAGGCGCAAGAGAGAAAACGAAGUCAAAAAAUUGAUUUUGUUUCCGGUGGCAUACAACCCGGGGAAGUUGCUCCAGCAGUAAAGAUGAAUAACAAAAUUCCUGCUGUGGAAGUUUCAACCGGCGUCCAUCAUGAGUUGCAACCAGUUCCGACGACUGUGGAUGCAUCAAGAGACAGCAGGCUGAAUAAGAAAUCAAAAUGGGACAAGGUAAGGCUGACAGCCUCAUGAACCGGACAAAACCAUACAAGUUUGAUGCCGUACAGACUACUUUCCUCUCAUUAUCUUCUUGGUUUUACCGUGGCCGCCCUUAAAAGCGAGGAAAAUUUGCAUAU